AUGGAGUCCGCACUUACAAACCCACUGUUCCCAAAAACUCAGUCUGUUCAAUCACCUCACAAUCUCGGAUUAGUUCAAAAAUUCCCUUCAAACCCCAAUUCAGUCCUUGUUCUUCACUCUUCCUCAAAUUACUCCGGUGUGUGCAUGUGCUUUGUUGAUGAAACAGUCAAACCAUUGCCACCGCCCUCCCAAAACCCAGACCUCAUUUCCGACACUGACCCAGUUUCAACCACAGAGCACCGGAGAGUGGUGCGGCUGGCCUGGGAGAAGCUGGUCCGGUGGUCACGUUCUUGGCAGUCCAAGGCUGCCACGAACGACGUCCUUGGCCGCACUAACAAAGUGGUUGUGCUUGGAGGGGGAUCUUUUGGGACAGCAAUGGCUGCUCAUGUUGCUAAUAGAAAGGCUCAGCUAGAAGUUAGCAUGCUUGUGCGAGAUCCUCAAAUAUGUCAGUCUAUUAACGAAAAGCACUGUAACUGUAAGUAUUUCCCAGAACACAUACUGCCAGAAAAUGUGACUGCAACAGCUGAUGCCAAAGCUGCUCUGCUGGGUGCAGAUUUUUGCCUCCAUGCCAUACCUGUCCAGUUCAGCUCGUCAUUCCUCAAGGGUAUUGCAGAUUGUGUUGACCCAAGCUGGCCUUUCAUAUCUCUCAGCAAAGGUUUAGAGCUUGAUACUUUAAGAAUGAUGUCUCAAAUAAUUCCCCAAUCUCUGAGAAAUCCUUGCCAGCCUGAUACACACUGGGAUGAAAAUAGACUUAGCAACGCAGAUAAAGGCAAAAAAAUGGCAAUGGUCGUGGCAUCAAAGGACAAACAAAUGGCAAAUGCAGUUCAGCAACUUCUAGCUUCUAAAAAUCUGAGAAUCAGCACAUCAAGUGAUGUUACUGGGGUGGAAAUUGCGGGUGCUUUAAAGAAUGUACUUGCAAUAGCAGCAGGAAUUGUGGAAGGAAUGAACCUUGGUAACAAUUCCAUGGCAGCUCUGGUUGCACAAGUACAUUGGUACAUUAGGAGACAUUUGUGCUACAAUGUAGUUUUGGAUUAUAAUAUUCGUAUGGAAAUUGAAUACCUUAUUCUGGGUGUCUUUUUUCCCCCAAUGAAGAUGGGUGCAAAGUGGGCUACAAUGACUGGCUUAGCAGGAUAUGGAGACAUUAGGCUCACAUGUUUUGUGAAUCUUUCAAGAAACAGAACAGUUGGAGUUCGACUUGGAUCAGGGGAGAAACUAGAUGAUAUACUAUGA